UCCCUCUCUUUCUCACUCACUCGCUCACUCACUCAGUGAGUUACUAGUACCGAGUACAGCACUACAGCCUUGGAAUGGGUCUCCAUUUUCAUCUAUUUAUCCUCCUUCUGCUCCUCCUCUUCGUCUGCGGUAGCUCUGCCGAGCAUGGCCGGGGUAGGCGCUACGACACCGGCAUACUGAGCCGUGGAGCAUUCCCAAAAGGUUAUGUCUUUGGGACAGCGGCGUCGGCGUACCAGGUGGAGGGCAUGGCUCGGAAGGACGGUCGUGGCCCCAGUAUCUGGGAUAAGUUUGUUCACAUCCCAGGGGAAAUCGCUAAUAAUGCUACUGCCGACGUUUCUGUCGACGAGUACCAUCGCUACAAGGAAGAUGUGAACAUCAUGAAAGAGAUGAACUUUGAUGCAUAUAGGUUCUCAAUCUCAUGGUCAAGGAUCUUUCCAAAUGGAGUGGGGAAGGUGAAUCUAAAAGGGGUUGCUUAUUAUAAUAGAUUGAUAGACUACAUGCUGAAGCAAGGCAUUACUCCAUAUGCAAACCUCUACCACUACGAUCUCCCAGCAUCACUUGAGGAGAAGUAUAAAGGCUUGUUGAGUCCUCAAGUUGUAGAGGACUUUGCAAAUUACGCAGAUUUCUGUUUCAAAACAUUUGGAGAUAGAGUGAAGAAUUGGUUUACAUUUAAUGAGCCAAGGGUGGUAGCAGCUCUUGGAUAUGAUGAUGGUGAAUUCGCCGCUGGAAGAUGCACAAAUUGUUCUGCAGGAGGCAACUCUGCCACAGAACCAUAUAUUGUUGCCCAUCAUCUCAUACUGUCUCAUGCUGCCGCUGCUAAGAGAUACCGUGAGAAGUAUCAGGCUGAACAGAAAGGUAGAAUUGGAAUCCUUUUGGAUUUUGUUUGGUAUGAACCGCUGAGUGAUUCCAAAGCUGAUGAAGCAGCAGCUCAGAGAUCAAGGGACUUCCACUUGGGAUGGUUUCUUCACCCCAUCAUCUAUGGUGAAUACCCAAAAUCAAUGCAGAUGAUUGUAAAAGAGAGGCUUCCCAAGUUCUCACCAGAGGAAGUCAAGAUGGUGAAAGGCUCCACUGAUUACGUGGGUAUCAACCAAUACACAGCUUACUAUAUGUAUGCUCCCCAAGUUCCUCUGCCUACCGCCGUUCGCUACCAGUUAGACUGGAAUGCUGAAUUUGCUUAUGAGCGCAAUGGUGUGCCAAUUGGACCAAGGGCACACUCUGAAUGGCUUUAUAUUGUUCCCUGGGGGAUGUACAAAGCUGUGACAUAUGUUAAGGAGCAUUAUGGCAACCCAACAGUGAUUUUAUCUGAAAAUGGAAUGGAUGAUCCAGGCAAUGUCACUCUCCGUGUAGGGUUGCAUGACACAACAAGACUGAACUACUAUAGAAGCUACAUUACCGAACUCAAGAAGGCAAUUGAUGAUGGGGCCAAUGUGAUUGGAUACUUUGCUUGGUCUCUGCUUGACAACUUUGAAUGGCAAUCUGGCUACACAUCACGUUUCGGUCUGGUGUACAUAGACUACAAGAACCUCCGGCGUUAUCCGAAAAUGUCAGCUUACUGGUUCCGGCAAUGGCUUAACAAGAACUGAACCACUUCAGGAGCCACUAUGAAUUGCCUCUGUUUCUAUCCUCUUGUCGUUGUACUAGUUGGAUGGUUUGUGAGUUUUGCAUAACUGCAAACCUUGAUGAGCUUUAAAUUUGACUGUCUACUUCUAUGGUUAACGAAAGAGAGGAAACUUUCAAGUCUCAA